GCCAGGGGUGAGAGAGUUGGCGGCGAGGCCUCGGUAAGCGAGCGUCGGUGACUGUCCCGCCGCGAGAGGAGGCAAGUUGAGGUCCAGGUUCCAAAGCCGGUGACCGCGUACCGCGGUGAGCGGCUGUCUUUGAGUAAUAUCCUGAGAGAAGAUGGGAAAGGGCUGCAAGGUUGUGGUUUGUGGAUUGUUAUCUGUGGGGAAAACUGCAAUUUUGGAGCAGCUCCUUUACGGAAAUCAUACUGUUGGAAUGGAAGAUUGCGAAACAAUGGAAGAUGUGUACAUGGCUUCAGUGGAAACAGACCGAGGAGUAAAAGAACAGUUACAUCUUUAUGACACCAGAGGUCUACAGGAAGGCGUGGAGCUGCCAAAGCAUUAUUUUUCAUUUGCUGAUGGCUUUGUUCUUGUGUACAGUGUGAAUAACCUUGAAUCCUUUCAAAGAGUGGAGCUUCUGAAGAAAGAAAUUGAUAAGUUCAAAGACAAAAAAGAGGUAGCAAUUGUUGUGUUAGGAAACAAAAUCGACCUUUCUGAGCAGAGACAAGUGGAUGCUGAAGUGGCACAGCAGUGGGCAAAAAGUGAGAAAGUGAGACUGUGGGAGGUGACUGUUACAGAUCGGAAAACUCUGAUUGAACCAUUCACUUUAUUAGCCAGUAAACUUUCUCAACCCCAGAGCAAAUCAAGCUUUCCUUUGCCUGGGAGGAAAAACAAAGGGAACUCUAGUUCUGAGAACUAAAAAUCAGUAAUUCCACAAUUGUAUGUUGAAUAGUGACUGCCUUUAAGUGUCUGUGAACAUGGAGUAAUAUCACUAUUUAAAAUAGGCCAUUUGUAUCUACCUUUGGUCCUUAGGAAAAUUCCCAAGGAAGUCAUUUAAUGCACUUUAGAUGUUAAAAGUAUUUGGGCUAAGGUUAUUAUUGCCUGUUAUGAAAUAAUAUAUUCUUAUUCUCAUUGUUUGAAACCUGUCUUUGAAAUUAGCACCUUUGUUAUUUAUAUUGUACUUGUGAAAACAGUAAAAUAAAGUUUGGACAGUUAUGCAAAUGCACCUAUGUGUAACUUCCCCCCAUCCCCAAGCUGUUUCAGAAGAUACCAUAAACCAUUGUUACAUUAUGCAAACUUCUAAGCUCAAACAUGACUUUGUUUUUAAAAAGUUCAUUAAUGUCUAGGAUUAUAAAACACUUUUUAUGUCUAAAUUGGACCCAAAACAUUGAACAGUUUGGGGUAGUAAGCUAAAUUUCAUCUUGUAGAGAUUUUGCUAAACAGACUAAGACCCAUGAUUUAGGGUCAAAUUAGAAUGUUUAGCAUGAUUUGAGGUACCAGGUAGUGUAAGUAGGUUCAUCACACUCUAAGGCUGUUUUUUCUUCAGCUAGAUCCCAGUUGAUAGACCAGAUACUUGAGGGCAAACUGUUUGCUCCUCCUCUUGAAAAUGAUUAGGCACUUUAGGACAGUAAAGCUGUAUUUUCUGGAAGGAAGACUGUAUCUUCUGGAAUAGUUUUCUAGAAAACUAGUCAUAUACAAUAAAAGUAUCAAAAAUACUGGGCUCUAGAUGGUCUAACUUAGAUGUCUGAAUUUGUGUUGUUUUCUCUACAGAUUUUGGCAAGACUUGAGCAAUGUGGCUGACUGUAACUUUAUUAAUUUAAAAGGAAGGAAGGAAGCUAGUGGUUUCAUCUGUGAAAUAACUAUUUUGAUUGAAAUGUAAAAUAAGCUAUUCAGCAAAGAACAUAUUAAAACAUCAA